AUGUCCGGUCCUGGCCGCCAGCAAAUCUACACCGAGUUCACCCCGCAAGCCGGCCAUGGAACGACACCCGCCGGCAGCUCAGGCCAAGGUCUUAGUCUUGUCCCAGUACCUCAAGAUGCUCCCGAAUCGAAGGCUAAGUCGUCCUCCACUUCGAGUUCGAACUCCGCUUCUCCGGUUAUUCCGCUCAACGCCAUCAACGCCAAUUACCUUCCACUUUCGCUUGCCCAACUUUUGCCUGACACCAGUGUUCCCGUACUUGCUCGCGUCCUUCAGAACUACGGCCUCCCGGCGUUCCCUCCUGGAACGCAGAAAGCGUCUCUCAGGAUCAGGUGGCCUGGAUACACGAGCGGAGAGCGCACCUUGCCUUUCGUACUUUCUGGUCCAGGUGGGCCUGCUUCUCGUGCAGAUGUAGUGCGCCAAAUUGCCAAAAUCUUCUCCCAGGUCUAUGAGAAGCUCCAGUACGACACUCCCUUCAAUAAGCAAUGGAGACUUGGUCCUUCGGCGAUCUCAAUGGAUGACGUUUACCUUGCGAAUCUACGCUACGUUUCUCAAGAUAUAUGGCAAUGCGAUUUUCUCGUAGCCGUUGCUUAG